AUGUCAAGGCGGAAAAAGAUCCACCUUUUUAACUGUGAUCAUCUCUACGAACUCCGUGUUAUCGAGGAUUUGCUGUACUCCUGCAAACCGAAACUGGGCUUCGAUUUCACAGUGGAGAAUCACUACUUCUCCUUUUCUGAAAUGGCUGAAUUGAGAGAAAAAAUCGUUCCUGCACUGAAGAUUGAUUUUGCAGUUUUCGUCGUUCACGCUCAAGAGUCAAGUCUGUCGAUAAACGAUGGCCGCGGAUAUACCAAGCUUUACAAAGCUCUAUUGCAAGCUACAGGUAAGAAAUUGAGACACCUCUUGUAACUACUUUCUGCUGUUGUUGUAAUGAAUACGCAUAUUCAUCAGUAACAGGUCUUUGUGUUUGGGAUUUAUGUCGAAAAAAUCAUGAAAGAUGGAUUUCAAUGUGGCACAGUUUUGUCACGCGCGCGAAAUUAACGAUAGCACUUGUCACGGUUUACGACACGGUCUAUUCAGUAGUAUUUUCAGUGUGACUACAAAUAAACAACGUUUCAAAUGUAAAACCAAAAACCUGUAACUCGACCCUUCACUAUAACAUAACAUUCUAACGCUAUACAGGAGAGCUUUUCCCCAGAUGGUUAACGAGUGCACGUUGGCGAGCUAACUCGCCAGGCUGAAUGGGCAGCACUAAAGUAUGGAAUCCGGAAACGGAAACGGAUUCAUGGAAACGGAAUAUGAGAUACGGAAUCAAGUAUCAGUGACAGAAAAUUAAAAAAUUUCACAUUGCAUAAUUUAGUAUAAUCCAAAGAGAAUUUGUUUAGUUUUCUUCAUUGGCAGUUCCCUUAAGUAUAUUCUUGUUAUCGCGUCUUGAUAGGGUUUUCCGUGGUGUGGGUUAUUGUACUGCAAACUCUGCAAGGCCGAUGAAAGUAAUUUUACAAGUAAUUUUUAUUCACGAGUGUAUGGGUUGAAUAACACAGUUAAAUAUUACCUCUUUAGAUAAAUGUCAAGAGAAGUAGUAGUUGGCCUCAGACCACAGUACGUAAUUGUCCCCAAACUGAAUACUCAACACGUGACGGACGUGUAGCGUGACCACAAUUCCCGUGUUUUAGUUUAUCGCCAAGCUGGAAUACUGGUGUAAUGAGUUUGCGUUGAAGUCCGUAUUUUUGUUGAAGAGGCUUAUUAAACACGGCGCAUUAAUUUGCUGUAAUCAGUUGCGUAAUCAAGCAAAUGCAUGCACAGUUCUCUCUUCUCUUUGGAUUCCACAAUUCCAUGGUUCUCUUGAGUAAGUUGUCAUGAUAAAUAAAACUGAACACUGUUCAAGACAACCAAGAAAAGACACCCAGGAAAAAUUUGACGACGACGCCUUUCAGUUAUAUAAACGACGCCUCUGUCGAUUUAAACCUUUCAUUGUCAGAGUGCUUGAUAGAGUUUUGUGAGGUGACUCUUACCUUUUGAGUCUGCGAACAAAAUCCUAUGAUGUGACUAUUCAAAUGAAAGCUCUCUGCCUGUACUUACAUAUGGUGCUAUUUGUUUCAAAAUUUGAGAAAAUGAAAUUGGGACAUUUGGUUGAAAUUUGCUUUUGGCUAAAUUUGGCAGUGAAAGGAUUGAACGAAGUCCGUCUCCAUAUAACUUACCUCUUUCUGAAGCAACUAGUUAUUGUCACUGACGUUUUUCUCCUCGCUUUGCUGUCCCAUGAGAAUUUGCAUUCAUUGCCGGAAGUGGUAUGAGGUGUCUUUUCACCGGAAUCGACUCAUGUAGUCAUACAGCAGUCUCCUCUGCCCAGGUAAUUUAUUAAGUUAUGUCUUUUUUAUCUGUUUAUUUAUCACUUCGGCGGAGCGCGAAGUAAAGAAUUCGUGCCACCCAGGAAUGUCCCAAAGUUGCUUUUUUGGGGACAAGAUUGGACAGCCAAAGUUUGUAGGUUGUCGGUUUUAUUCGGCUAUUAAACGAAGUGAGAGCCGAAUUAGUUCGAGAUAUCUCGAGUUCAUGUCGAUUUCUUUGAUUUAUUCAAGGAAGAAAGAAUUAUUAUUUUGGCCUGCCGGGGGUUUGAACCGACUCACCUGUGCGGCCCGUCAGGUCAGAAGAGACUCUAAGUUGAGUGAUUAGGCGAUGGCGCCAAUGCGACCCAAGGAAAUUUGUGAUAGGAGAAAUAGCUAUGAAAUUAUGCACUUGUUUCGGGAAAAGAUUGGGCACGCAAGGUCGUGACAAUUUCGGCUUGUUACCUCGGCGGAACGCGAAAUAAAGGCUUUGCGACGCUCAGGAAUAUUUCAAAGUUGUUUCUGAAUGCCCCGAAAUUACCACGGCCGAUUAGUUCCAGAUAUCUUCGAGUUCUUUGAUAUCUAUUAUUCUGGCUAGAAAUAUUGACUGCAAAAGUGUUUUACAGAAAACAUUGAAGCAAUUUGGGCUAGUAGCUUCAAAGUACGAGCGAAAAUCGAGAUACAAGAGCAAUUUUCAUUGAGUCUAACUUCCCAGACGAGUUUCUCCGAAGUGCGUUUCAGUUUGACUUUAUACCGUCGAAACCUUGUCUUUUUCCUCUGAAAUCUAGCUUGUAAUGUGUUUUAUACCGUGGAAAACCCAAAUUUAUUAGUUUGCCGUCGAUAUCUAAUUUCAGUUCAAUACUACGGCCCGAAGUAAGCUUUUUUGUGUUGUUUUGUAUUUUUUUUCUAAAUCCAGCGGCCGAAAUAAUGCUAAAUAUGCUUUUCAAUGGUCUUUUAAAAAUAACACCACACAAUAGGCCAAAGAGAAGAAGGAAAAAAGAAAGCACAAACUAGGGACCUUCACGACGAUAUUCACGGUGGUUUACCCAUCCAGUUCCUAACCCCGCCUGACAGGGCUUAACUGGAGUGGCGCUACAAAAAACCUAGCCUUCGUGGCAGGCGCAAAAAGGGGAGGGGGAGUUAGAAAAGCGCGAAAGUGAGGAAAUCCUCCUCCCUUUUUCUCUUCCUCCCUAUCCCCUACCCCUUUCGACGCCUGCUACGCAGGUUACUAAAAAAAAACGAGUAUCACGAGGGUUAUUGCGAGAUACGUAUUUCUAGUUUAUGUUGCGACGUUGUACAUGAAUUAACCUCGUUGUAGAGAUUGUGCAUUUUCAGCAAGUUUCGUAAGGCAGUGUACUGAUGUCAGUUACUUACGUUGCUGGAGAGAAGGUGUAUAGUUAACUGUGCAUAAGGAAAGUGUUGUUGUAGAGGAAAUAAAGGAUGUGUAACUGAGAUCUCGUCGUGCGCAAUUUAUUUAUGACAGAAAUUAUAAUCGAAUUGGGUUAUAGCCACGCGGUCACGCACCAAGCAGACUUCCGGUGGAGAAGUUAAGAAGUCUGUUACACAAAAGGACGAAAAUAAUGGUAUUUGUAUGGAAGGGUAUCCGAAUAAAUAUUAUUUCUUACUAUUCCUCGGCAUUCACAACUUAUCCACAACCACGACGCCGAAGUGUACGUUACCAUAGCGUCUUGUUUUAUUGUCAUUGCUAAUAUACUUUUUUGGAACCUUCUUUCACGGAUUCCGUAUUCCGUUUACGUUUCCGGAUUCCAGAUUCCUCAUUUUAGUGCUGCCGGACUGAAUUGCACAAGCCCAAGCAGAUUUGAAGAUGAAAACAGAAUUAAACGAUCGUUCUGAAAAUUCGACGGCUACUGUAGCAUGUUUAUACUCGAAAGACAGUGAUCUCGAAAAUAAGGUUAAUUCUACUUAAAGCGCUUCUUUUUUCGGUAGGAGGAAAUGUUAUUAUUGUCAUUGGAGGAGAUGACAACUACAAAAACGAAGACAAGGAAAAGCGAUCAGUAAUCUCUGUCUGGGCCCAAAGAGCUAUGUCUGUACAGUUCAGCGAAGAAUAUUUGGAUGGAAGAAAAAGCUUCAUAUUUUCCUGGGGUGAAAAACACCGACCAAUUCACGAGGAAGCUCUAAAGCAUUUUUUUGAUCCAGGCAGGAAUGGUGAAAGUUUUAUAUACCAGUUACCAACACAGAGAGACCCUACCUUGCAACCCGGACGAGUAAAACCCGUUGGCUCAAUUACCAGCGGCUCUUCGGGAAAUAAGCCCGCGAUCUUCCCCUCGGGAGGGACCGAGAGUGCGGCAGAAAUCGAGCCUAUAACACCUGCUGAAGCCAUUCCAGUAGAAGUGGAAGAGGAAAAAUGCCCUUUAGAUAGUCAGGAGAAAGGUACUUAUUGUAUUGUUACGUUUUGUUAAUAUUUUAGUUCCCGCUGGUUUCCAUAUGAUAGUCUAAUCGUCUCGAUUGUCCCAGGCUUCUUAAAUAAUGUUCAGACGAUAAUGACGAUAGUAAUUGAAACACUACCCAGAUGAUCGCAAACGACCUGUACGACUGAGACGACCUCGAUCCCAUGGAUAGAAUAUAACUGAGUUCUAUUUGGACGAUCUGGACAACCGUGUAAAUUUUGAAGCGAUCAUAUAGAAACGAUCUCAGACGACGGAGGCGAUCGGAUAAUCGAUAGUCUCCCACACUAGCUCCCCUAAAAACGCCAGCGUGGGAGCCGGCUAGACGAUCGAACGCUAUGCCAGAAAUCAUUACUUUUAUUACUCUAACAGUAAUUGCUAAGGUCGAAAAUGUUCGUACCUCCUGGAUGAUAUUUGAAAAAAGUUCCAUCACUUUCCGGCGACGGUCUUCCGAAUUUGAGGAACUUGUCUAGCUUGUCUACGCCAAAAAAUCGAGAGAAAAAAUAGAGAUGGCAAGCUUCGAGGUUCACUCUCCGAUUAGAAUCCACCAUUAUCUUUACCCUGUUCCAGAAUUCCAGAAACAUCGCUGACGACCAUGCGCCCUUUUUGUCUUUGAGACAACCGAGACGAUCAUAUAUGAUGAAACUUUCAAUCAUUCCAGUCGUUCGGACCGUCAAGACCUAUUUUUAAAUUGAGUGGGGCGAGCGAUCGAGAUGAUCCGCGUGAUCAUAUAGGAAACAGGCCUUACACAGGGUAAAAAGAAAUUAAGUAAUUUUGUUUUUUUUAUUGCGGUUUAUCCAUAGAAUAAUUCUACUAAUGGUUAGUGAAUGGGCGAAAAUUUCAGGGACCCAACUGUAACGUUAUAGUCUUUUUCCAGUUUUAAAGCGGAGGGCGUGUGAAGUUUCUGACUCUUGUAUGUACCAAGGAAAACUCAAUGGUUACUUUUGGUUAUUUUUUUCAUCCUACCCCACCGACAUAGUCCCUAUUCCACGCCCGCACACGGGCUCCUUAAGAUUAAUCAUUGACUUCUCAUUUCUUAAUUAUCUUUUUUUUCUCGAAGCAUUAGGUCGAGUAAACGCUUUUGGGGCGUCUUGUUUUUAAGUAGUUUGUGUCUUUAAGUAGUUUGUUUGUUUUAAAGUAGUUUGGUCUCAGUGUUCUCUUAGCGAGUAAGUGGUGACACAUCACGGCUCAAAUAUUUUGGAGCAAGGCCGUUUAUUCAUUUGUAAACCGAUAUUGCUGACUAUCAAGCUUUCUCCUGCAUGUCAAACCUCCCCAAAUAUAUAAUCGGCAUAGAGAACUAAAGUGAUGACGUCAUAAAAAAUGAAAUUUCUGAAAUUAUGGGAUUUGUCAGGAUAUUCUGAAAGAACAAUGUCCAAGACGCCUACUUGCCAAAAAUGAGCAUUUCGGGGCAAAUUGUCUCUGAGAUCGUAGCCCAGUUAUACUCAGACAACUCCAUACAAACCCUUCUAAAAAAUUUAGAAGGGUUUGUAUGGAGUUUUUCGAUCAUAUAGAAACGAUCUCAGACGACGGAGGCGAUCGGAUAAUCGAUAGUCUCCCACACUAGCUCCCCUAAAAACGCCAGCGUGGGAGCCGGCUAGACGAUCGAACGCUAUGCCAGAAAUCAUUACUUUCAUUACUCUAACAGUAAUUGCUAAGGUCGAAAAAAACCACUGGGCUACGAUCUCAGAGACAAUUUGCCCCUCAAAUGCUCAUUUUUAACAAGUAGGCCUCUUGGACAUUGUUCUUUCAGAAUAUCCUGACAAAUCCCAUAAUUUCAGAAAUUUCAUUUUUAUGACGUCACACUUUAGUACUCUAUUAGUGUCAUAGUAAAAAAGUUAGAUCUCUAGCUGCCCAAUUUUGUAGUUUCUGAGGCCUAGUAGCUAGGAUUGUACAGUAACUGUCCCAGGCAACGCUACAAUAAUUAUGCUGAAGUGGGGUUGAACUGGAGAAUUUAAAAUAGAUUGCAAUGCUGUGUUUGGAACGUAAUCUCUAACACGCUUCAAAGCCCCUUUUUGGCUAAUUCCCUGAUGUACGCACCAAGGGAUUUCCUCUGAGUAACCUUGAUGGGGUUUUGCUGGGGCUGUUUUGGCUUAAAUUGUGCUCAAAUGGCUCCACAAGGGGCCGAAUCAGAUGUUGGCCUGCUGCCGUAAAUUUGCACUUUAGAGCUGAAACAGAUCUUUUUAACAGUACAGUGUAAUGUUCUCUAGCGAGAGGACAAAUAAUAAAUUUCCUCUGAUGGCUACUUGUCAUGCAUCUUUUCACUUUGAAUGCCGUAAAAUUCCGAAAAUAAAUGCUUUGUUUUACUUUGUAUUUGAGGGCAAUUUUCCAAGUACAAGCCCCCGGGGGGCUUAUAUUUGGAGGGGCGAUUUAACGAAAGGUUUUUUGCGUUACAGGCUUGGGGGGCUUAUAUUUGGAGGGGCUUAUUUCGGACUUUUACGGUGUCCAUUCAUAUACAUUCAUUUUCGCUUGCCGUUAUUCAUCCUUUGUCCACUCUUUCUUAUUUAUCCUGACCUCACCUUGUCUCUGCUCGCUUCCUUUCCGUCUCUUAACUAUCCCGAUAUUGCAUUCACGUGAGAGGAGGCCGGAGCGUGACGUGACAACACAAAUGGAACGGCUGUGUAGGAGACUAAAAUCUAGUGUACACGGAUCCGGACAAAUUUUUGAACAGAGAAAAACUUGAACGGAUCCUGGGAUCCCCCUUUCAUUUACAGGUGCAAGUUUGUGAAAGGGAAAGUUUUGUUGACUCGUGUGCAAUCCUGAAAUCUUUAAAAGAACUUUGUACACGGUUCGGUGUAAACGGGUUGCUCAGGUAAAAAAAUUCGUCCAUUUGAGCCGUGUAAACGGUGUAGUAUCGUGGGCGACUCAUCCAGGCCACUAUCAGGCACGCUGUAAACUCUGGGACCAUCUAAGGCUACUGGUUACCUAUAUCACGAGCUAGAGAUGGCGGACAUGUAAUAUAAUAUUCAGCUGUGUAUCUAUUAUAAACGGAGUCUAACAUGGACCUUCCCUUUCCCUUUCGAUAGAUGAAACAGGAAGUUCCGUUGUCCAUUCUUCAGAUGUGGAAGAUGCCCACACCGAGCAUGACCCUUUGAAGGCGAAACUGGUGCUUAAGAGCAAACUACACAACGGAAAGGUAUCAUUUGACCCAGACGAUGUCCUAUUUUUAAGCCCCGAAUUUCUAAAAAUCCCGGAUGUCGUGACACAAAGUCUUCUGGAAACGUACAGACACACUGAUGAGAUUCAGCUGAGGGUCAUAUCAAUCGAAAAUGAACUUUUUGUUUACACUGGUGAUCAAGGAAUAGAGAUGGCAGACAAUGACCUACUCUUGUUAAAAACUCGUGUCCGCAAAGGUGUAGUAUCUUUCCAUGAAGAUGACGUCAAGUUUCGAUACUCGGGCUGGAAAGUCCCUGAGUACAUACUUGAGGACUUAAAACAAAAUGCGUCUACUGGGAAGCUAUUUAUUGUUUCUGACGAGAAAGGGAGCUUAAGAUGCAUUAUUCAGAGCAAAGCAAAGAGAAGAUCAAAGAGUGUAAAGGGUAGAGUUUUGGCCUUCUCUACGUCGGACAAUUAUUUGAACAUAUCUUUUUAAAAUCACCCCACCAUGUGUGUACAUGCGACACGUGUCCUACAUAAUUUAUACAACUUGUAAACCGUAAUUUUUUUUUCAAUAUUAAGUGUCAUUCCUACUGGAAAUGUAACCACUGAGACUUUUGUAACUAGAUGUUAUUUAUGCGAUGCCUUAAGUUCAAAAGCUUUCAUUGCUAAGUACUGAUAUAAAAAUAAUUGUCUAUUGGUAAACUAAAAGUCACUGUCCAGCUUGAUCGUAACUUCCUGGUGCGUUAUGCGAUGGUGGUUAAUCACUUUCAGGAGUAGUUAUUCGCAACCGGUUUGGAUACAAAUGUAAUAUGUCGUGUGACGUGUCGCUUGAUUUUUUGUUUUGCUUUUUGCUGUUCGCUUUUUUUUUGUCGAAAAACUGUACAUUGAAGACUGGCAUGACCGGUCUGAGGUGUAGAGUCCUCACAGUGCAUUUUGCCAAGUCCUUUCAUAGGAAAACCAAAAGCCAAGGCUUAAAUCACCGUAUGAAAAAGCAUAAAGCUUAUGGGAACCUUCAUUGUAUUGUGGUAUUGUAUUCAAUUAAAAUAAAAGCAUUAUUGAAAAUCACCUUUUUAAACCACACUGAGUUACAGCUUUUCUUCAGAAAUUUAACGGAAGCUAGUCAGUAAUGAUCAUUCUACAUUCAUGGGCGCCGUGCAAAGACAUGUUAGCUGCGUGGCUACCUAAAGCUUCAUUAAAGAGAUCUUGUCUCAAAAACGAAAGAAUCAGAAAAAAGAUGCCCGUGUUUUUGUGGAAUGCCGCACGCCUGGCAAUAUUGAGGCCCCGAGGGUAGAUAAUAAUAAUAACAUAAUUUAUAUAGCGCUAACUCCACUAAUUGACCAAAGCGCUUAGAUAGGGGGGGGGGGGAGGCGCUUUAGGCAUUUUUGGUUGGGGAUGUACCCCUAACACCCUGAAACCCUUAGCCUAUACCAGAGCUAGUUGAGCUGAAUUUUGCUACCCCAUACUAGACUAUUAACUCCCAAAUCCCCCCAUCCUAGAGUAGUUGUUUUCCAAACACUACUGAGAUCACUAGCAAAGUCCAGCCAAAACAAACCGAUUUGAGUUUUUUAUAUUUUUGAGUGACUAUUCCAGGUUUCCUAUUUAAGUCUAGAAUAAGAUCUUUAACCAACUGAUUAGUUUCCUGGAAAAUGAUACCCUAUUCUAGACCCAAACUCGCUUGUUUAUAUACCCUAUCCCGGUGUAAACUGCAUGAAAACCAUACCCUUCGCAGCGGCACAUACCUAAGUAGCCUAUAUAUGGCAGUACCUUCCGCGUGUUGAGGAAGAGUCCCGUAGUUCGCGGCGUCACGUAUCAAUGCCAGAAAAACAUGUUUUGACUCGUCACUCAACAUAGACAACGUAGGACUGAAGAGGAUCGUUACUUGACGAGAUAAAAAUUGUCCACAAGUCGAUAACGUUCCAAAACACUUUUCAAAAAGUCUACAGUCAAUAUCUGACUUAAACAAGGCUUCUACGAAUUGCUAACUAAAACAAAAUACAGAGACGUUCUCGAAAAAAAUUCGCCAUUUUCUCAGAAGGAUUACCUUCAGCCUGCAUAACAGGCGUUCCUUUUUUUUGCGUAUUCAGGCCUGCGAAGGUCAAGCACAAAGCUAUAUAUCUUACAAGCACCAGACACGCGCGCGCGGCGGGAAAACUGGGGGUAAGGCGUGAAACAAUAACACCUGUAAUGCAGGCUGCACAGCUGAAUGACAGGUCAUCCAUCAAUGCGGGGGGCAAAGUGUCUUGGUUGACCCACAUGAUUAACAAAAACAAUGUUUACGAACAAAAGCUGACCUUCCGAGAAAAAAAGGAAACUGCACUUUCUCAGAAAAGACUUCAUUUACAUAAUAUAAAGUGUUUCUUAGAAUCAAAGUAGUUCCGCUAUAAAAAUGGUUGAGUGGAAUAUAAUUUGAGUUCUGCCUGCGUAAAACUGUUAUGUAUAAACCGGAGAAUCUUGACAAAUGAAUAAGCCACCAAAGACUGCCUAGUCGAUAGGAAUUUGACACGUCACUCUAGAACUGGAAGAAAAGGCCGAUUUUAAAGGAGGAGAUGUAAGCAUCUGGUGAGGCUAUAUAUUGCUUGUAGUGUAAGAAUCUAUAUUUUUCGUAUACCAGGUUCAGCUAUUUAUGUACCAGAUGGUACGAAUUGUCUUAUUUAGUAACAUUGCUUAAAAGUAAAGAGUUUUGGAUAGGAGAUUGGAAAAACAUGUAUCACUUUACCGAAGUGAAGACAAGGCAACCAUGUUGUUUUCGAUUGUUUGUUGACAAUAUCUUGACGGGGGUUGGGAGGGGAACAAUGUGGGCAUGGCAACCUUGACGUCAGCUGAAAGCUACAAUUCCACACCGUCGCGGCGGAGACACUGAAAUUGUCAUUUUCUGUUACAGAAAUGUCAUCCAGAUCUCGAGUUUGCGAAAAACUGAGCGUCCUUCUCUUGGCAAGCGAGUGGGGCUCCUCUCAAGGAGGCCCCUCUACAAUGAAUAGAUCAUUAGCCAUAUACUUGGCUAAGCAACCAAAUGUAGCAGUUAGCUUCCUUGUUCCAAGCUGUAGUGAAGAAGACAAGAGAAUGGCUCGUUACCACAAAGUUAUGAUAUUUGAAGCACAACAACGGCCCGGGUUCGACCCAAUUGACUGCUUGACAUUCCCACGGAAGGACAUAAACAUUGACGUAGUCAUUGGUCACGGUGUGAAACUUGGAAAACAAGCGCAGAUAAUUCGGGAAAGCCACAACUGUAAGUGGGUCCAAGUUGUGCAUACAGCUCCCGAAGAGCUCGCCAUGUUCAAAACAUACUCUGGUGCAAUCUCCAGAGGUGAAGCAAAGUAUUCUACUGAAGUAAAACUGUGUGAAAUGGCUGAUGUUGUGGUAGCGGUAGGACCCAAAUUGUUUGAAGUGUACUCAGCCUACUUUAGCUCAUCCGAAAAAUUUGUUUUCAAUCUUACGCCAGGAAUUUUUACAGAAUUAUGUCAUUUAAAAAGAUCGUCUCUGGAUGGUAACAAGUUUCGGAUAUUAGUAUUUGGGCGUGGCGACUCUGAAGAUUUCGAGCUCAAAGGAUUCGACAUCGCUGCUCAAGCAGUCGCUGCAUUGAAGGACAAAAGUUAUCAUCUCAUCUUCGUUGGUGCACAAAGCGGAAGCGAGGAGCAUGUGGCAGAAAAGCUUCUUAAACUCGGUUUGUGCCGAAGUCAGCUCACGGUGAGGAAGUUUGUACAGAAUCGUGAACACCUGGGCAAAAUACUUUGCGAAGCAAAUCUUGCCAUUGUUCCUUCAAGGACGGAGGGGUUUGGUUUGACCGCCCUCGAGGCGCUUUCCGCUUGUCUGCCUUUCCUUGUAAGUCAGAACUCUGGAUUUGGUGAAGCCUUAAGUACUGUAUCAAAUGGUUUGUCGUGUGUCGUUGACUCUGAAAAUCCACAGCAUUGGGCUGAGGCAAUCAAGAACGUGCGACACAAGAGCAGGGAAAUUAGGUACAAAGAAUGCGAAACAUUGCGAAUGCAUUAUGAUGAGAAAUACAGCUGGGAAAAACAGUGUACUGAAUUAGUGGACAUAAUUUUUACCAAAGCUCAAGGUAAUGUAUUUAACCUGUAGAAAAGCACUCAUUGCUUACAAUUUGCUUCAAAUAAUGUUGCUCAUGUAAUUGUACUAUACAUAGUACCCUUAAAUCAAGCUCGAGAACUCCGUCCGGCCUAAUCUAAGGAAAAUGAACCGUAUACACAGGAAAAUAGUCUCAAAACUAGUGCAUCUUCAUGCCCUUCAUCAAUACUUCGCAUUCGUGCGCCCCUUGAUUGUUUUGCAUCUUUACUAAAUCGAACGAACAGCUUUCUUGGAUUCUUUCGUUAUAAUCUGAAUAGAUGUAUACAGGUAUAAAUAAUGGCUACUUUAAUUUCUAGACAAAUCAGUCAAUUGCUAACCAAUAAGUUUUCUUUAAACAUAAGGGUCAAGCGCUGCGAAAGUGGAAUCAGAGUUAAAUGAACUGUCACUUGCCCUUGCAAAAAAAAAGUGUUAAACCAAGAGGAGAGACCGCAGAUUGGUACUAUAGAGACUCUGAAGACUUCUUGUCUGAAUCUUCGUGCUACGAGGCUGAAAAAGAUAACAAAUUAUCUCCUCGCCAUGACCCACCCAACAGAAAGCCGCCAGCCUGGCGAAACCAAUUCAUGAGUGAACACCCUAUAGGUAAGUAGGAUUACCAUACGUCACCCCAAUACCGCCUCAACACCAUGAUCACUGUACAUGCGUCCUGCGUGGUAGUCAGAGACCAAGAAAUGUAUUGAACAUGAAGUUCGAUGAAUAAAAAGAUGUUUACCGACAUUACAUUGAAUGACAAAAGACGGAUAUAAAGGCACCACUCACAUAUCAGUCCUCAUAGCAAAUAGGUUGUGACCAGAAUAGAUACCUUAAAAUCAGGUUGGACACCUUAUGUUUAUUACACAACGCUAUACUCGUCGUAGAGAACCAUUUAUGCCAAUUUACUGGACACUUUUUUUAGAAAAGUGGGGAAAUCAGAGUAAGAGACAGUUGUGAAAGGAAAAGAGUUGAAUACAGGGUUUAGCACCGAAGUAUAGUGAUUAGGAUUAAGCACAUUUUUAAAGACGGUUAAUAAUCAAUGCCAUGUAAGGUACGUUAAAAUAAACCGGUGUCGGCAGUUAUGCCUUGAUGGUGUAGAGGAUACGCAUCUGGAUUACACAUCAAAUGAUGAGCGUUCAAGUACUACAUGCUACUAACUGUUUUCUUUCUAUCAUGUAUUUUGAGUGAAGAUGACAACCUGUUUUUGGAGUAUCCAUUCUAGUCACAACCAUAGCAAAUAACAUCUCUGCUUAGAUGACAGACGACCAUUUACAUCUUGACUUACUUGAUCAAUCAGGUCAAUAUAAACUACUGACAGCGUUGACUCUGAAUGUGAGUACCACAAGAGAGAAGUGUCGAAAAGUCAGUCAGGACCAUCCACACCCGGACCGGGGAAUAUUCACACUACUUAUGAGAUGUUAUAUUUUAUAACUUUGUUUUGCUUAUUACAGAUAAAGAGGGAACUCCAACUUGUCAUGUUGACUUUGAGCUAGCCUCCGGGAGAAACGCAAGGAAGACAAAGCACCAGCCAACUCGCUUUGUAAUUCCCGAAAAGUGGCGUCAACGGCUUGCUCCCAACGAGACGUUAAUGCUUAAGACUUAA